GGUUUCCAACCCUCGGUUUCACCGCGACUCGGAGAUUCCGCUCACAGUCUUCAGUCAGCUUCGUUCACCAUACGACUAGUCGUUCGCCACGUUCCGUCCGUCUCAUCAAGGGCGGGAAAAACAAACUUUCAUCGUCUUCGGACGCCAGGCCAGGUCACGGACAAUUUUAUCCCUCGGGCAGCCAUGGCGGGUCCUUAUCUUUCACCUCUGGGACCACAGGCGGACCUUCUAACCGAAUAUAUGUUCGGCCGUCGCCGACAGAGACGGAACCGUACGACAUUCACCCCCCAGCAACUUCAGGAGCUGGAGUCGCUUUUCCAGAAAACUCACUACCCGGACGUAUUUCUUCGGGAGGAAGUAGCCCUCAGGAUUGCUUUAUCCGAAGCACGUGUUCAGGUCUGGUUCCAAAACAGACGAGCGAAAUGGCGGAAGCAGGCUCGACUCCAACUGCUUCAAGACGCCUGGCGAAUGCGUUGCCUUGGGCUGGGUAGCGCUGGACCGCUUUUACUUCGACCACCGCAGACCGGCGUCGAGCAUCCCGACGCCUCGCCCCCGCCGCCGUCAGUUCCUCCAGGGCAGAUGCCCCAGUCAAAUGAAAAGGGGAUCGAAGGGAGCAACUCGCUCUCGAUCUGCAAAGAUUACCGAGUUCUUUCACCGCACGGUUAUCCAGUGGCCUGCGACAAAUCGCCGGAAAGAAUGAGAUGCGGCUGCAAUUCGCCGCCGAGAAGAUCCGUCAGCCCUGUUUCAAGCGGCGCGGGGAUCGCCGAAAGACCUCAGGAAGCCGAGAUGGACUUGACAGUGAAAGGGUCUCAUCCCCAGCCUCAUCCCCAUCCAGCGCUAUAUCACCACCACCUCUCUGCGGUGAAUCAAUCCCAAAACGUCGGCCCCGUUACUCAGCCAAUUGACGAACCUCUCGACGUUACUCUCAGCAACAAGAAGAAUAAUUAGACACGAAGUGCGGUCUUUAGGGUGGAAAUAUGUCAAAACGAAAAUUUUAAAGACGCAGUCGAAGUUGUGUGAGGUAACUUUGGUCAAAAUAACUUACCUUCAAAGUGAAAAAAGAAAACACUUCAAAUACUUGCACUAAACAGGUCGCAGUAUUUUUAAAUCUUUCCAACAUCAAAUAUCCUUACAACUUAAUUCAUCCAAUUUCGAUCACCGUAACUUUUUCGAAUAACUGUUGAAUUGAUGAAAAAUCAGAUUUUCAUUGCGUAUGUACAACUUAUUUAUAGGAGAAUGAAACUAGCUACCAUCUAUCGAAAUUCAACAUUUGAUUCCCUUGAGAGGUUCAAAAAACGUGGUGUUUAAUAAUGUGAUCCCUGCGAAGUUGGCUACACUUUGAAUUUAUAUUUUCAAGUUUAAAUUUUUUGUUAUUUUAGAUCGGAUAUUGUUUGACCAAGCGCAGUACGAAUAACUUUAAUCGCACCCUUUGAAACCCGAUUAUAUAAAUUCUCGAUCUUAUUCUUUUUGAACCUAAACAAUAGCAGCAAAAAUCUUCAACCACGGAUUUAUACCAACUGGAAUUAUUGCAUAGACUUUGACGUGUGCAUCGAAAUAUUGGUCAAGUGAUACGGUUAUAUAUGUAUAGGAACGUGAAGUUUUUAAUAUGAAUUCAUUACAAACGCUCUAUGAUGAAAAUCAAGAAUAUGUAUGACAUUGUAAAUAAUUAUAAUAGGUGUAUAUACCAUAUAUAUAUACUGCGUAUACACAGAUAUAAAACAUAUACGUAAAUUUACCCCGUA